AAAGAAAUACGUAACGUUUUGAUUACUUAUAAAUAUCCACUUCAAUGGCCGCUAUUACUUUCUUCACUACACUCUUAUCUCGCUGCCCACAUUUUCAAUCUCCAUCAUCUUCUUCCGCAAUCCAAUCAAUUUUCCGUUAUCCCAAAUCAAAGGCUCAAUCUAACCUAAAUCAAUUACGAGUGUUUUCAAUGGCGUCGUCAAAUUCUAAAGAAUCAGCUGCUAACAAUCCAGGCCUCCAUACUACUGUCGAUGAUGCUACUAAAGGCUACCUCAUGCAACAAACUAUGUAUCGGAUUAAGGAUCCGAAAGCUAGUCUUGAUUUUUAUUCUCGUGUUCUGGGCAUGUCGCUGCUUAAGAGGUUGGACUUUCCAGAGAUGAAGUUUAGCUUGUACUUUAUGGGCUACGAGGAUACAUCAUCAGCUCCAGCUGAUCCAGUUGAAAGAACAGUUUGGAACUUUGGACGUAAGGCUACAGUUGAACUUACUCAUAAUUGGGGUACUGAAAGUGAUCCUGAUUUUAAAGGAUAUCACAGUGGAAAUUCAGAACCUCGUGGAUUUGGGCAUAUUGGUAUUACGGUAGAUAACGUGUACAAGGCAUGUGAGAGAUUUGAACGCCUAGGAGUGGAGUUCUUAAAGAAACCUGAAGAUGGGAAAAUGAAAGGGAUAGCUUUCAUUAAGGAUCCUGAUGGUUAUUCAAUUGAAAUCUUUGACCUCGAGAAUAUCGCGAAAGCAGCUGGGGGUGCUGCUUGACAUAAUGUUAUACUGAAAUAAGGAAAGUGGAGCUUUUCUAGAGCUGAAGAUAUGUUUCCUGGUAAAAGUCCUCCCAUAGCAAAGUUAUAAAAUGCAGUUCACACCUAUAUCCUGGUUUAUGCAGAUUCAAUCCGUAUGAAUGAGAGAUUGGAUCUCUAUUUAACAGUUUGUGCUACUCUUAAAACCUCGAAAGGCCCCAUUAUUGGACUGCUGAUAUCCAUCAAUGCCAGAACUUAAAAGAUGUUUGAACUGUCUUUUCUUUUAAAAUGGUUGGUGAGUCGUGUCCGUGUCGUGUCGUGUCGAUCCACUUUGAUGAUGCACUUAGGAUCAAUACGAACACGGGUUAAUUAGCGAUCGUGCCUACGAACACAACACAAAAAUUAAACAAAUUAUGUGUAUCAACAUGUUUAAUCCGGUGGAUUGAUUAUGUUUAAUCUGGGGGAUUGAUUAUGGGUCAUAAUAGUACGAUCCAUUUAACUUA